GAAAGACUGUUAAGUUUGAAAAAAGUUGAAAGUGUGAUAUUUUAUAUUUACAAAACAUGUCCACAGAACAGAAAACUAGGCAGACUGUUUACAACACUACAAAAGAAAUGGUAAAUAAAAUUGCACCACAGUAUGAGAUGGAAUUUGAUAAUAAUUCAAUAGAUCUCAUAUCUGAGUUAGUUUACAAGAAAAUACAAAUGUAUGGAUCCGAUCUGGAUGCGUUUCAAAAGCAUGCCAAGAGGUCCACCAUUACUGCCGAAGAUGUAAAAUUAUUGGUGAGGAACAACAAAUCACUGCUUAAUAUUGUUGAAUCAAAAUUACAAGUUUUAAAUUCGUUAAAAAAAGGCGAAGAAAGUACUACCACUACUAAACGGAAGCGAAAAUGAUUAUGAAAAGCCGAUAUAUUUAUAAUAAUGAUACAUUAAUAUAACAAAUAAAAAUAUUUUUAUUGCGUUUAA